GUUGAAGCAGAGAGUUGUGAAACUCUGUCUGAGCUGAAUAAUCUGCAUUAAGAUACAGAAAAUCAUGAAGUCUCUCCUUUUUCUUAUGCUUAGUGUUCAUCUGGCACCAGCAGCUACACACUCUCUGCAGUACUUCUACACUGCUGUAACUCCAGGAAUAAACUUCCCAGAGUUCUCUGUGGUGGGUCAGGUGGAUGGAGAGCAGACUGUGUACUAUGGCAGUGACAUCAGGAAGAUGAUCCCCAAGACAGAGUGGAUGAGGAACAAUGAGGAUGAAGAUUACUGGAAGAGUGAGACCCAGAUUAGUGAACGGCAUGGACAGAACUUCAGAGCCAAUGUGGACAUUCUAAUGAAGCGCUUCAACCAGAGUGAAGGUUUUCACACAUUGCAGUGGAUGUACGGCUGUGAACUGCAUGAGGAUGCAACCAAGAGAGGAUACAUGCAGUUCGGUUAUGAUGGGGAAGACUUCAUCAGUCUGGAUCUGAACACUGAAACCUGGACUGCAGCUAAUCAGAAAGCUGUUAUUACCAAGAUAAAGUGGGACAGAGAACGCUGGGCUGCUCAGUUGAAGAACUACCUGGAGAACACCUGCACUGAGUGGUUACAGAAGUAUGUGGGUUACGGCAGAUCCACUCUGGAGAGGAAAGUCCCUCCUGAGGUGUCUCUGUUCCAGAAGGACUCUUUUUCUCCAGUGGUGUGUCAUGCUACAGGUUUCUUCCCCAAAGCAGUGAUGAUCUCCUGGCAGAAGAAUGGAGAGGAUCUGUAUGAGGACGUAGAGCUCAGAGAGACGCUACUCAACCAGGAUGGAACCUUCCAGAAGAGGAGCGUUCUGACUGUCUCACCUGUGGAACUGAACAGGAAUCAGUACAGCUGCAUCAUUCAGCACAGCGGCCUGGAGAAGGAGAUGGUGCUACAGAUAUCUGAUCGCAGAGACCUGUCAGGUGGGAGAAUCUGAUUCUGAGAGAUAAAAAUCUUUAAAAAUCUGAAUUUACAGAAUGAUUUGAUUGGUGAAGUAGAAACAGGACACUGACACAGAUGUGACACUCUUUCAGGUGGAAGCUCAGAUGUGAGCAUACUUGGAAUCAUCAUCAUUGUAUUCGCGGCUG